CCUUUUCUGAUAGCACAGCAGCUAGCUACAUGUUUUUUUGUGAAAGGUAUUUACUGCUGAAAGCGAGCUCGCCAGCUCGGUCCUGAUUAAAUAGUUUUCAAAUUAGCUAGCUAGCAAGCUAGCCAGCUAAAGAUCAAGUGCAUCAACAAAGAAUGCUUUCCUAGGAGGAGGUUGCUAGCAAGCUAGCUUGCUUUCACAAGGUGAGCGUGCGACCCCUGACCCCGGAGCCCAGCGGAGGGAGCGGAUGCUUGCGUAGCCGCGUGGCGGGGGCGGUCUCGUCCACCAUGACCCGGCUGAUGUUGGGCAGGACCCUGGAGCGGAUCUGCAAGGCCGUGCUGCUGCUGUGCCUGGUGCACUUCCUCAUCAUGAUGAUCCUCUACUUCGACGUCUACAGCCAGCGCUUCGACAUCUUCAGCCGCUUCAACAACGGCCGAAACGCCUCCGCCCGUGCCCACCACUACUACUACAACCUCUCCCGGCCCAACGGCACCUUCGCCAGCUACCUGGCCUCCGCCGACCAGCUCCUGCCCAGCACCCGGCCCCAAACCAACCACACCCCCACCGCCAAGCCUUUACCGCCAUGCCCUGAGGUGCCCCCUGGCUUGGUGGGCCGCCUGCUCAUCGAGUUCAGCUCCCUGAUGACGCUGGAGAGGGUACAGAGGGAGAACCCGAAUGUGACGGAGGGGGGCAAGUACACGCCCCCGGACUGCCGGGCCAAGCAGAAGGUGGCCAUCAUCAUCCCCUUCCGUCACCGCGACAACCACCUCAAGUACUGGCUGCACUACCUCCACCCCAUCCUGCGCCGGCAGAAGAUCGACUAUGGCAUCUACAUCAUUAACCAGCUAGGAGAAGACACCUUCAACCGGGCCAAGCUCCUCAACAUCGGCUACACGGAGGCGUUGAAGGACGCAGAGUAUGACUGCUUCAUUUUCAGCGACGUCGACCUCAUCCCCAUGGAUGACCGCAACCUCUACCACUGCUACGACCAGCCCCGCCACUUCGCCAUCGCCAUGGACAAGUUCGGCUUCCGGCUGCCCUACGCCGGCUAUUUCGGUGGGGUCUCUGGACUGAGCAAAAAGCAGUUCCUGAAAAUCAACGGCUUCCCCAACGAGUACUGGGGCUGGGGCGGGGAGGACGACGAUAUUUACAACAGGAUCACCCUGAAUGGGAUGAAGGUGUCACGGCCGGACGUGCGGAUUGGACGCUACAGGAUGAUCAAGCAUGAAAGAGACAAGCACAACGAACCCAACCCCCAGAGGUUCAACAAGAUCCAGAACACCAAGAACACUAUGAGAAAGGACGGCAUCAGCUCACUCGCCUACCGGCUCGUCCAGGUUAAGAAGUACCCCCUUUAUACCAAUAUCUCCGUAGAGAUCGGCAAGCCCCCGCCCCGGCCCAUGAGGGGGUAGCGUUUGGGCAUCCAAAGACGGACUGAGCUGCACCCGCGGCACCUCCCUCCCCCCCAAUCCACACACCCUCUCUCUGCCAGGAAGCCCUCUGGCCC